AUGGGCGUGGAAGAAGCUCACAUGCUUGGCUUGCAGGAGUUCAGCAACAUCUGGGACCAGAAGCAGCAGGACUUUGAUGCUCGCGCGAACCAGUUGCAGAAGGUCCUCGCGACCCGACAUAAGCAAGAACACCAGGCACACUUGGAGAAGCUCCGAAGAGAAGUGGAGCCGAGGACACCGAGGUGGAGCCGCGAUCUCCUCAACCUGCGGAAGAUCCAGGAGACCUUGGCCAAAAUGCGGAAGUACGCAGAGGCUGAGAAGACCAAGGUUCAGGCAGACAAGCUGGAAGCAAGAGAGCACAACCAAUGGAAGGAGAAGCGUGAAGCCAGGAUUGCGGUUAUGGAGGAGCAGUUCCUGCACAAGCAGCAGCUUGAGAUGGGGGGCCUGCUCAAGCGGCUCAAGGCCUCCCGCGAAGAGCUCCGGCGCAGUCGCAAGGCGGAGAUGGAGCGCCUGCUGCAGCGCUACCAAAACCUGAAGAUGCAAAUGGAGAACCAGCAGCGCAUCAUCCAGCAGCGCGUGGAGAGGUACCCAAUCACGGCGCCGAUGAUCAAUAACAGCUCCAGGCCCCCAUCAGGUGGGCCUGUGUCAUAG